AUGUCUGACAAUAUUAAACAAGAUACCUGCUCUGUGGUGUUCCCAUGGAACUUUCCUCAGACACUGUUCCCGGACACUCGACGAGAACCCCGCGAUGGCGCCGCCGCCGCCAGCUCCAGCACCAGCAACAGCAACAGCAACAGCAACAGCAACAGCAACAGCACCGCCGCUGCCGCUGCCGAGCCUGCCGCCGCCGUGCCCGCGCCCGCGCCCCCAGCGCCGCCCCCAGUAGAUGGCGCGACGAUGAGUCUCCCGGUGGGCCUGCCGGCGCGGCAGGCGCUGGCCCUGACCCGCGCCUUCCUCGGGGCUCGGGCUCCCCCGCCGCCGCCCGUUGCAGGCACCAAGAGAAAGGCCGGCGCCGGCGACGGCGACGGCGACGGCGACGAGGACGAGGACGAGGACGAGGACGAGAAGAAGAACAAGAACAAGAACAAGAAGAAGUCCCGCUCCAAGAAGGGCAAGGGCGACGGCGGCGGCGACGGCGACUGCGGUGGUGGUGGUGGUGCUGGUGCGGCCGCCCCCGUCGACACCACCACUGUCGACACCAUGCAGGAGUGCGCCCUUUUCAAUGACUUCCAGCUGCCCUGCGCCCCGGAGUCCUUCGAGGCAAUGGGGACAACGCAGAAGGCAAAGCUGAAUCGUCAUCGGAGGGGCUUGAAGCCAGAGCAUCUUGUCUCGCCGGCCGGUUCGCUUGGAUCCGAGCUGUGCUUUGUACUGCACUACCCAACGUUUCAGACCAAGCAUUCGAACAACGGCGAAGUCUUCGACAUAAGCAACCGUAGUAUUACGCGGCUUGCAGGCUCGGGCUUCAAUGCCGACAAUACUCUUUGGCUUGACACUUUUUGUCGCCGAAGAAAUACAACGACCAAGAGUGGCGAGCGCUUUCAGCCGCGCAAGCAUGCUGAACCCGCUCUUUUCAACCACCAUCUUGAAUGGUUAGAGCUCUGCCUCCAGACAGCAACUGCGAAAGUGGUUGUCUUUUUCGGUAAGCAGAAUGAAACCCUCUUCAGAGAGAAAUGGGGUAAUCGGCUAGGGGAGAUCAAGUUGUGGGGUGACUACGACGAGAUCUCUCUGUGGAUGCUGUACCCUGAAGAAGACGAGACCUACUCUCGGGUCGAACGGCUUGUCCUGUUUGUCUGGCACCCCGAGUAUCUCGGUCGCAGUGAGGAUAUUGCCAAAGGCCGGGCAUACGAUCGGCAGCUGGGCCUUGUUGCUCAGCUCGCCGGUCUAGCUCGCACUGAUGAGCAGAUCCGAUUUCAAGAGACCUCCUCCACCACGCCUGGUUCGAUCGAACGACCCAUAGCAGCCGCUGAGGCCAGCGAGGAGGACAAAUAUGCGAUUAUCAAACGCGGGAACACAAAGCGCAAGCGAGGAUUGACAAGUGAUGCGGUACCUCUCGAGGUUGCUUGCAUCGCUUGUGGGUAUCCUCGACUUGAUGUGAACCCAUAUUAUUAUGUGCCCGAUGAGAUGACGAGUCUCGCCUGCCGGGUGUAUCUGGCAGCAUACACCCAGUGUCCGGGCUGCAACAGACAGAGCAAUCAGCAAGGGCUCCAGAUUGCAAGAGAAUUUAUCCCGGUCGACGGGAAUGUCCGUUGGUUUUCUCGCGACAGUGUUCAAUGGGGGCGGGCCUUGCACCACCUAUUACACGCUCGAGACUUUACCGAGGGGCGUGGCAUCCAGCCAGCCGUCGGUGAGACCAGGGGAGAAGGCGUGCUGCUGGCGGGAGAGUGUGCGCCGAAGAUGAUCUCCGGAUCGGAGGUGUAUGUUCGUCCCACAUCAGCCGAUAACACAGUCUGA